CCACCAUGCCCGCACCGCUUGAAAAGAACAACCCCAUCAUAAUCGUGGGCGCUGGAACCUGGGGUUGUUCCACCAGUCUGCAUCUUGCCAGGCGUGGCUACACAGAUGUGACAGUCUUCGAUCCCUUCCCAGUUCCUUCAAUUAUCUCGGCAGGAAAUGAUAUCAACAAGGUUUUGGAGGCGGGAUCUUUCUCUGGAGGGGAAGACGAAGCUGUGGUUGCCCAAAUCCUUCUUGCCGCUGCUAAACAAGGCUGGCGUAACGACCCGGUGUUUUCUCCAUACUUCCAUGAUGUUGGCUACAUCCUUGCUGCAUCCUCCACAGCCGCAAUCAAAACAACACUGGAGCGUGAGAUCAACCACCACAAAGAUCUUUUCACCGAGCUGAGUACGGCCGAGGACUUUCGAGCCACUAUGCCUCCAGGAGUCCUGACAGGGGAAUUUCCACAGUGGAAGGGUUGGCUGCGUCGAAGUGGCGUUGGUUGGGUCCAUGCCCGCAAGGCGAUGGUAGCUGCGUACGAAGAGGCCGGCCGAUUGGGAGUCAAAUUUGUGUUUGGUAAUGCUCGAGGUAAGGUUGAGAGUCUACUCUAUCAGACUGGUGAUGUCAGGGGCGUGCGUACGGCGGACGGCAUUGAUCACUCAUCAAACAGGGUGAUAUUGGCGGCUGGGGCAUAUGCUCCUCAAAUAUUCGACUUUGAAAACCAACUUCGACCGACCGCGUGGACCCUCGCACAUAUUCAAAUGUCCCCUGAAGAGGCCAAAUUGUACCGCAACCUACCAGUCUUGUUCCAUUCUGAGAAAGGCUUCUUCAUGGAACCGGAUGAAGACAAUCUUGAGCUGAAGGUAUGCGAUGAGUAUCCUGGGUAUUGCAACUGGGUUACUCCGGAAGAGGGCAAGGACAAUGCUUUGCCUUACUCGAAGCCCCUACCACGAAACAAGAUUCCGGUUGAGUCAGCUCGACGAAUACGACGAUUCCUGUCUGAAACUAUGCCACAUCUUGCAGACCGACCGUUUUCACACGCCGCCACGAUUUGGUGUGCUGAUACUUCCAACAGAGCCUUCCUCAUCACCCAGCAUCCAAGAUAUGAAUCGCUCAUCCUCGCUGCAGGAGACUCUGGCCACGGAUUCACGCACCUUCCAUCCAUUGGGGGCUUCGUUGCAGACCUUAUGUGGCGUCCCGAAGUUGCACAAGGCUUUUGGGGCGACGACGUUCUCGGGCGGUCUGGAGCGGAAAACAGAGUCAUUCAUCUAAACGAGACAGCAUCAGAGGGCUGGAUCGGUGCGGGAAGUGAUGCCACACAAGUCGUGAGGCUUUCAAAGCUCUAA